AUGACAGCCUCCGUGCUCCUCCACCCCCGCUGGAUCGAGCCCGUCAUGUUCCUCUACGACAACAGCCUGGAUGAGAUCAAUAAGAACAUGGACGGGUUUCACGCCGGCAGCAACUUCGCGGCGGCGGCGGCGGCCAACCCCUGCCGCAACCUGAUGGCUCACCCCGCGCCCCUGGCCGCCCCCAGCGCCGCCGCCUACACCUCCAGCGAGGCCCCCGCCGCCGGCAUGGCCGAGCCCGCUGUCAAGCAGUGCAGCCCCUGCUCGGCCGCCGUGCAGAGCUCCUCCGGCGCCGCGCUGCCCUACGGCUACUUCGGCAGCGGCUACUACCCCUGCCGCAUGACCCACCACAACGCCAUCAAGUCCUGCGCCCAGCCCGCCUCCACCUUCGCCGACAAGUACAUGGACACCUCGGUCUCCGGCGAGGAGUUCACGUCGCGGGCCAAGGAGUUCGCCUUCUACCAGGGCUACGCCGCCGGGCCCUACCAGCCGGUGCCCGGCUAUCUGGAUAUGCCCGUGGUGCCCGCCAUCGGCGGCCCCGGCGAGCCGCGCCACGACCCCCUGCUCCCCAUGGACAGCUACCAGCCUUGGGCCAUCACCAAUGGGUGGAACGGGCAAGUGUACUGCCCCAAGGAGCAGAGCCAGCCGCCUCACCUCUGGAAAUCCACCCUCCCGGACGUCGUUUCGCAUCCCUCCGAUGCGAACUCGUACAGACGUGGGAGAAAGAAACGAGUGCCUUACACAAAGGUCCAGUUAAAAGAACUCGAAAGGGAAUAUGCUACAAAUAAAUUCAUAACCAAAGACAAACGGAGGAGGAUAUCGGCGACUACAAAUCUGUCAGAGAGACAGGUCACAAUCUGGUUCCAAAACAGAAGGGUCAAAGAGAAAAAAGUGAUCAACAAAUUGAAGACUACCAGUUAA